AUGGCUGACACGCAAACCUAUGAUGGAGACCUGGCUGCGACCCAUGUUCAGAAGCGGCUUGCGCGUGGCAUCUCCAGCUAUAGCGUUUGCAGUAGCACUUCGGUGGGGUCGGAUGCUUCGACGCUUCAGCUUGGGUCUUCAACGGUGGACACACUCUCGCAGUCCAGCCUGACGGGUCCAGCAGCUGUCGAAUCCGAGUCGCAAGCUGCGCAAGAUGCAGCUGCGCAAGGCUCAGGCUUCCGCAACUCCAUCCUUGUGUUUCCUGUCUCCUCGACUGAAGAUGUGGAUGAGUAUGCUGGUGACUCAUGCGAAGAUCCGCAGACUGGCCUCUUGAUUCCUCUGAAGCGGGGUUUCGCAGAGGAUGCUGCGGCCCCGUGCGAGAAGGAGAUCGACACUCAGCAAGCAGUAGAGGAACCCAUGGCAGUCUCUCCUGCUGCGCCUACGGAGGAGAAGGUUGCUGAGCCAGCUCCUUUCUCGGUCUUGGAUUACAAGGGUCAGCCGCCUCGUCAAGAGCAGUUCUGCGUGUCUGGGGAAGACAAGGCGCAGGAAGAAGCGAAGGCUACGGCGAAGGCCAAGAGCAAGGCGAAGGCAGGGCCAGCCCCCGCGCAGCCAGCUGAGCCAGAGCCCACGGAGGAGGAGGACAAGACCAAUGACGCUAAGCAGAAGGGCAGGGCCAGGGCGAAGCCAGCUGUCAAGGCGAAGCUAACUGUCGCCCCGACAGGCGAGCCAGAGCCCGCAGAUGAGGAUGACAAGAAGCGGAAGGCGUUGUCAGCGGGGAGUGAAGAUGGCAAUGCUGAGGGUGGGCCGGGCCAGUCACGCAAGAAGAUCAAACCCGCAGGCGCCAGCAAGCCUGCGGCAGCCGCGAAGCAGAAGGCGUUUGCACGCCGCUGGCGACCAGACGGUCAGAAAUCGGCGUUGGUCUGGGAUGCCAUCCGCGAUGUCUUCGAUGAGUGCCUUCGUGCGAGCUAUAGGACCCCAGGCAAGAUGGAGGACUUGUGGUGGAAGAAAGCCCGGCCUGAGAUCCUCGCAAAGGGUGACAUCGACCUCACCAAAGAUGCCCACCAUGCCGCUGCCAAGCAGUGUCUCGAUGCUUUCCUGCAGCAGUACCCUGCUGAUAUUUGA